AUGGCGCCAACAAAUGACGCAUGCACCGAUAAACAGAGUGACUCCCUCAACUCUGGAAGAGCCAAUCCAGCCUUCCACGCAGGUCAUGAAAAUUGGGAGGCCGAGCGAUCCGCUGCUGAGGCAGGUGAUCUCUCAGGUCUCAACAUUGAGCAUCCAAGCCAAAGAGCAUGGCCACAGAAGCAACACACUCCCGCUUCGGGCGGAGUCGCGUCGAGUCCUCUCGCGCCAUGUGCUGCCGGAAUGGCCUCAAAAGACCAAGAACGCGUUCAAGAGGAACUUCAGCAACAGGAAGCAACAUUGAAAAAACAGAGACAGAAAAACCGAUCGUUGGCAUCGACAUCGUCUUCCUCGGGUGCUUCAUCCUCUCCGUCGUGUCCGGAGUUGAUCAGCCGGUCGAACGCCCCUUCCGCUGAACGAACUUCUUCGUCAGAUGCCCGGGGACAGGACGAUGUUUUCAGAGCCGAGCAGACAGUGCAGGGACAGAAUGCUGCAUGUUCUUCUGGCUAUGGAGUGGAAGACCGGAGCGGGACCGGCCUCGAUGAACUCGUGAGAGGAUUUGCCUCGCGUUUGGAACCAGCUGUCGGAGACAAGCUGACCGAGAGCUGUGGAGAGAGAGAGACGGAAACGGAGUUUUCGCGGAAUCGCCUCUUGCCUCUUCCCAGGAAUGCCGCGAGCGAUGCACUGCGCCUGAAAACGGGAGGCGGCGUAGAGCCCCCUUUUCGUGAAUGCAUGCGAAAGGAAGACAACCGAACUCACAGCGAAGAUCGACCAAGCACUCGGGAAGCGGAGGGAGACACGGAGAAAGACAAGGAACGCGCGGUGGAUUUCGGCUGCUCCGUCGAGCGAACUGGCUCUGAGGGGCCCUACCGAGAAGGCCAUGAAGAGGAGAAAGAGGAGGAAGAGGAGGAAGAGGAGGAAGAGGAAGAGGAGGAAGAGGAGGAAGAGGAAGAGGAGGAAGAGGAGGAAGAGGAGGAAGAGGAGGAAGACGAGGAAGACGAAGAGGAGCAGGCGGACCUGGACGAGGACGACUGCUGGACGCCUGAGACGGAGACAACAGAGAGGCGUCGAGGGCUUCAGACAAGUCGGUCUGGCCCACGGACGAGUGAGCAGCCAUCACACCGGCCGUCUGGUCGUGCGGCUUUGAAAAGAAAAAGAGAGGGGGAUUCUCAAUGCCCAACCGGCCACGACUCAGCUGACCAAGCUCUAGGCAGCGGCGCACCGCGAGGGUACCUGCCCCGCAGUGUCUGCGUUGGGGCGGGCGAGCUCGCAACGAAGAGGCGAUUCAACCCUAGAGGGGCGAGCGGAAGAGGAGACGCGACGGGCGCGUCGCCGGGGCGACAGGCUGCCGUUGCGUCUGACAGCGCGCUGGAAGAGAAAGGAGAUUCCACAUUUGAGCAGGUCGGGGCGCCAGCUUCUUCCGAGCCGUCAGAAGAUCCGCCUGGCGAACCGCCUCGGCAACGUCUGCCGGGAGACCUUUCGUCUCUCUCUCUCUCUCGUUCGCCCGCCUCUUCUCCCCAUCGAAGUUUGCACAACGCGUUCGUUGACGAUUCCUCGCUCCAGGUGUAUCGUCGUCGCAUAGCAGUUUUUGAAGCGAACGCUCGAGACAGCGACGGCGCAGCCUGCCGAGAGGACAUCCUUAUCUCUGCCGAGGCGGAAGAGCGCUUGCCAGGCGAGAGCGACGGAGGCGGAGAUCGCGAUGGCCCUUCUCGCCUCUUUGCGCAGUCCUUCCUCCGAGUCCCCAAAUACAUUUGGGAAAACCUGUAUCCGCAUCAACAGACCGGCGUCCGGUGGCUCUGGCAACUGCUCAAACAAGGCGUCGGGGGGAUCGUGGGAGACGAGAUGGGUCUUGGCAAAACGAUUCAGGCUGUCGCGUUCCUCGCUGCACUUCACCAUUCCGGAGUUAUGAAGAGUGUCAACCUUUUGGAGAAAGCGGCGCGGGGAGCUGAGGAGAGUAACGGCAUUCUCCUGACCACAUACGAGACUUUUCGAAUGCAUCUGCGGCUUCUGUUGCGACACGUGUGGAAGAUGAUCAUUUUGGAUGAGGGGCAAAAAAUAAGAAAUCCUCACGCUGCGAUUACCUUGGCGGUCAAGCAAUUGCCCACUCCGCAUCGGCUGAUUUUGUCAGCGACGCCGAUUCAAAACAAUUUACAGGAGUUCUGGUCGCUUCUGGACUUUGCGGCUCCGGGACGCCUAGGGACACUUCCCGUUUUUCUCGAGCAAAUCGCCGAACCCAUCACCAUGGGCGGUUACGCGAACGCCUCUCGGGAGCGCGUCGAGACAGCGUACCGCUGCGCGUGUCUUCUGCGCAAAGUUGCGCUGCCUUUGAUUCUCAGACGGUCGAAGAAAGAAAUGCAGGAAUUCCUUCGUCUGCCCAACAAAGCUGAAGAGGUUCUUUUGUGCCACAUGACUCCCGAGCAGUACGCGCUUUACGUGGAUUUUCUUGCCGCGCAGAAGGCGCGCUUUUCGCGGAACCACUAUCAUCCAAACGAUUCUUUUGCAUCGCCGUACGAGGCCUCUGAAGAGACGCUCGAGAAACGGGAGCGGUGUCGGAUGCUCUUCACUCUCUCGGUUUUGCGAAAGAUCGCGAACCACCCAGACCUGCUGCUCGUACACAACGACGUGCGCCCUGAGGACUACGGAAACCCCGAAAGGUCUGGGAAGUUGAUCGUCUUGCGCGAGAUCCUUCGCGUGUGGAAGGCAGAAGGUCGGCGCGUCCUUCUCUUCGCUCAGACUGUCCAAAUGCUCGACAUUCUUCAGACUUUCCUCGAAAACUGCGACACUUCGCUGCCUUCGUCUUCGCCUUCUGCGGCUCCAUCACCCUCCGGGGAUUCGUCGUUGCCUUCGGUUAAGCGCGAAAACGAGGAAGGGAAGAAGAGCGGUCGAAAGACCGCUGGAAGCAAAGACAGAGGAUUUUCGUUCCUUCGCUUGGACGGGGGAGUACCCGUCGCCAGUCGGCACGCAAUUGUCGACAGAUUCCAGAGAGAUUCGUCAAUCUUUGCGUUGCUUCUCACAACGCGCGUUGGAGGCGUCGGGUUGAACCUCACCGCCGCCGAUCGAGUGGCCCGCGAACGGAGUUGGCGGAUCGGGCAGAGCAAAGACGUCUGCAUCUACCGGCUGCUGACGUCCGGCAGCAUGGAGGAGAAAGUUUACCACCGCCAAGUUUUCAAGUUUUUCCUGAGCCAGAAAGUUCUGCAGGAUCCGCGCCAAAGGAAGUUCUUCAAGCGCAACGACUUGCAGGAAAUGCUGGAGCCGCCUCCCCCUCCGCCGGGGUUCUCCGCGAGCACUGCGCUCGGCGACGCAGGCGCGUCUUCGAACUACCGCGACUGGCUGCGGGGCGGGAUUCGCUGCGAGCGCCGCGCUGCAGAGAAGGCGUUCAAGAGAGAGCGCGAGGAAGAGGCGACGGAGAAGAAGAAAAAGGCGAGAAAAGCACGGGGCGAACGUGCCGACGUGGAAGACGAGACGUGGCACGCCUUCCAGCGCGCGGCGGCCGAGAGCGGCGCGCAGGGAGAAGGCGACUUCGGGGAAGACCUGGCGAGAGAAAACAACCUCAUUUUGAAGACGCUGCUCGACGCCAAAGGCAUCAAGACCUCCCUCACGCAAGACGACGUGGAACGCCCUCUCCUUGACGCCGCGAUCGUCGACCGCCAGAGCCGCGACAUCGCGAAGGCGGCGAUGCGGGCCCUGAGGGAUUCUCAGCUGGAGCGCAUGUCCCAUGGCAUUCACGUUCCAACGUGGACAGGAAAGCGCGGACGAGCCGGAAUCCCAGCCGCGGCGCGACGUGCGCAAGCGAGCUCUUCGCGACCUUCUUCUUCUCUUUCGUCGUUCAAUUCUUCUUCAUCUUCUCCCGGGUUGGCUGCAUCCAUUCUCGCUGGCUUACGCAAGCUCCAGCAAACGCUAGUGAGGAAAGAAGAGAAGGAGACAAAAGACGAAGAGAAGGAGACAAGAGACGAAGAGAAUGAGACAAGAGACGAAGAGGACGAGACAAGAGACGAAGAGAACGAGACGAAAGAAGAGAACGGGACAGGAGACGAAGCGAGAGUGGCGAAAACGCGGCAAACAGAAGCAGCCGCGUAG